AUGAAUUUAUCAACUAUUCCAUUGAUUAUCAACGGUGAAGAAAUUUCUACUUCCAAUUUGUAUCCUGUGUAUUCUCACAAACAUUCGCAAGAUAAGAUAUGUGAUUUCAGUUAUUUGAGUGAUUAUGAAAAACAAAUUCCAGAGAUUUGUGAUCAUGCUGAAAAAGGGUUUGAAGAAUGGUCAUCUAUACCCUUCAAUGAGAAAAGAAAUAUUUUAAAGAAGGCUCUUGAAUUGCUUGUCACCAAACGAGAUGAACUCGUAGAAUCUCACAAAGUUAUUGGAGGACCAGAAUGGUUCAGUCAAUUUAAUGUUGAAGGUGCUGUUGGUCAAUUAGAAGAAUAUAUAUCACAGUUAUCUCAACCUGAUGGAGUGGUCCCAAAGUCGAAUCAUUGUGAAUUAGCCUUGGCGUACAGACAGCCAAUUGGAACAGUAUUGUCGAUUUCUCCAUGGAAUGCUCCAGUGAUACUUGGGAUGAGAUCAAUUGUGGGGCCAUUAGCAGCUGGAUGCUCGAUUAUUGUCAAGUCGUCGGAUAAAUCGCCUCAUACGGCGUAUUUGUUGGUGAGGUGUUUCUUAGAUGCCGGCGUACCGAAGAAUGCAUUACAAUUAGUUCAUCUUAAGCCAGAGGAUAAUCCUAAAGCCGUUGAAUUAUUUUUAGGUAAUAGGGCUGUUAAGAAAGUGCACUUUACGGGAUCAACAAGUACUGGCCGAGCUAUUGCUACUGUUGCAGCAAGGAAUUUAAAGCCAUACAUGUUGGAAUUAGGAGGAAAGAAUUAUUCGAUUGUUGAGGAAGACGCUGAUUUGGAUAAAGCUAGUCAAAACAUUCUAUGGAGCGCAUGGUGUCAUAUGGGUCAAAUUUGUAUGAGUACUGAUAAAACAUACGUUCAUGAGUCCGUAUAUGAUAAGUUUUUAACAAUGAUUAAGGGUACUGCUGAAUCUAUAAUGAAAGAUCCAGAUUAUAAUUUAUCUCAAAGAGAUGAAGGGUAUGCUAGAAGCAUUCGCAAACUUGUAAGUGAAGCAAUUUCUAAGGGCGCCAAAAUUGAAUUUGGGUCUGAGACUAAGUUUUCUGAUAGCGGUGAAAAUGUUCCAGUAACUCCGCUCAUUUUAACAAAUGUUACAUCAGAUAUGCUACUUGAUUCCGUUGAAACGUUUGGUCCUGUAUUAUCUAUUUAUAAGUACAAUGAUGCAAGUUCACUUGUAGAAAAAUUAAAUAAUGAUCAAAGUUGUUUGAAAACAGCAAUCUGGUCUAAAAAUACUGUCAAGGCAUUACGGAUUGCUAAGAAAAUCCAGUGUGGUGGAAUCCACAUAAACAGCUCUACAGUUCACGAUGAACCAACUAUUGCUCACGGUGGUAUUAGAGAAAGUGGACAAGGCAGACUUAAUAGUUCUUGGGGGAUCGAGGAAUUUUCCUAUGUCAAAACAAUCACGAUCGAUGAAUAA